AAGCCACAGCCUACUGGUUUCUUGGGCAGCACCGCUAAAGCGUUCGAUUACAGCUCCAGUGCGCUCGGUCCUGGGAACACAGAUAUUUCCAGCGUUGCCAGCGAAUUCGCAUUCAAUAAGAGCAGCAGCAUCCCUGGCACUUCCGAUGCCUCGUCUUCUCUUCUUUCCAAUCCUUCUUUCACGGGAUCGACGACAACCUCCUUUUCGCAGCCACUGGGCAGUAACUCUGGUUCAUUUAGUCCCACUUCAUCGACCUUCAGCUCUUCUGGCUCGAGUUUCAAUCCCGCGAGUUCCGCUCCACCUGCGAUCGCAGCUCCGAUUCUUUCCGCACAACCUACUGGCGGUCUCAAAGCGUUCAAACCC